CUUUUAUGAUUCACUGGUUAGAGGUAGCUUAGGAACGGACCCUGUGAAUAAAAAAACAAGUGGAGUUCAAAUACUCUGAUAGUCACAUGUCUUCUUAAAAUAUACAAUCAAGACAGACAAGUAACUCAGACUUCGCAUGUGACAAGAUAGAAGCAGUGGGUCCGUGAAGGAGAAGUCCAGUUCAGUGCUUCAGAACCAGGUAUGAAGAGAGUGAGUCGAGUCUCUUCCAGUGGCCAUGACAACCCAGGGCUGGAGCUCAGUGAUGCAGUGUCCAGCCAGCAACAUACCGCUUCCCGUACCUCUGUAAUAUCAGCCUCGAUGGUGCGCUCGGUUAGCCAGUGGGCUUCAUAUGCUCGAGGUCGCUGGAAACGUGCUACUCUUAAAUGCAUGAGGAGAAAACCCUCAGGGGAAUCUGUAAGCAGCAAGUACAAGGGCCUUGCGUGGGAGGAGGAUGCUGUAGAUGGAGUUCCCAAAGAGCACCAAUUGAACAAAUGCCUUCUGGAUCACUUCAGGAUGUUGGCUGCUAAUAACGAAGACACAGAUGAGGUCGAUCUGCAGUACCUGAACGAAAUCCUUCGAGAUGGAGCCGAUCCCAAUUCAGCAGACAAGUAUGGACAGACAGCACUUCAUGAGAUCUCUCGAGCCUGGAAUGUAGAUGUGAUGAGGUUCUUCUUAGAGAGAGGAGCUGAUAUCCGCAGACCUGAUGUGUUUGGGGUUACACCUCUACACGUGGCAGCAGCUUUGGACUAUGAAGAAAUGAUUCAUUUUCUUCUAGAAAGAGGAGCUGACAUUGAGGCCUGCACAUAUAAAGACAUGCAGACUCCAUUACACUUUGCUGCUAAGAACGACGCUACUGAGGCGAUUCAAAUUCUACUGCAGAAUGGAGCAGAUAUUGCUGCACACGACUACAAACAAAGAACUCCACUACAUCUUGCUGCCAACCUAGAUCGCAGUGAAGCCGCACGCACACUGUUGGAGCUGGGAGCGGAUGCUGGGGUUCAGGAUUCUGAUGGACAGCUGUGCAUCACUGCCAUGAUCGGCAAGAUGACGUCUGUGGCCAAUCUGGCACUGAAUCAGUUUCAUGUGAAGGACCGAAUGACACGCCAGCAGUUCUUCUACCUUCAUUUGCUGGAGCCAGCGCGAGCACGGAUGAAAAGAUCACAAGGGAAAAUCAGAAGUGAGCCAACAUCGCCGCUAGAGUUCAUUGUUCGUCAAGGGAAACUAGAUCUCAUUAUGCAUCCUGUAGUGUUAAAGCUCAUUUCAGUCAAAUGGAACCUGUAUGGCAGACUUGGAACAUGGAUUCUGCUGCUGGUCAAUAUUCUAUUUAUCUUUUCCUGGACCACGGUGGCCAUAUCUGUGUCCAUGUCUCCAGAGGAGAGCAAACGCUAUGUUUUCCCUCAGGACUGGUGGCGUGUGUUCGUGGUGAUGAUAGCGCUAGGGUUGACCAUGCUGGAGGUGUACAGGGAGGUGAUGGAGAUUCUGCGCUCGGUUAGAAAGCUAAAAGACUGGAAGCAGUGGUGUGAACAGAGGCUCAAUGACGAUUUGGCUUGCACACACCCCAUGUGGCCAGAGGAACGAUGCUACUUCGAGGGUCAGAUUAAGUUCAUUCGCAACAUGAAGGGAAGCUACAUGCAAGACCCCUGGAAUAUAUUUGAUUGGCUUGUGUACGCAUUGCUGAUAGCAGUUUUGGGUCUUCAUUUGGCUGAUGUUUACCUGGUCUCUCAGACACUAAGAACAAAUAGCCUGCGCAUCUUUGCUGUGGCUGUCAUCUUCCUCUGGCUCAGGCUGAUGAAGCAUGUCAGAGCAUUUAGGGUUAUUGGUCCCUUCAUUGUCAUGUUGGGGAAGAUAGUGGGUGAUGUGCUGCGCUUUCUCUUCUUAUAUGCAGAGAUCUAUGUCCCAUAUGCCUGUGCUUUCUGGAUUAUAUUUGGAGGCACAACAGCUGUACCUAGCAUGCAAACAGUGCCACAGAUGCUCUACAGUCUGUACCGUAUAACCCUGGUGGAUGAGUAUGAGUUUGAUGCCAUGGUGGCUGUGGACACUGUUAUGGCUUACUUGCUCUGUGGUACGUUUCUGGCCCUGUCUGCUGUUCUGUGUGUCAACCUAAUGAUUGCACUUCUCUCAGACACAUUUCAACGAGUAUAUGAGAAUGCCCUGGCGAACGCAGUGAUGCAGCAGGCUUCCAUCAUCCUGCAGGUAGAAGAAUCCAUGACUCACCUGUGCCAUUUCUAUGACAAACAGUACAUCCACACUUGUUGUGCCCCGCUCAGAGAGUUUUAUGACUAUGACAUCAUAACAAAUCCAGAUCACCAUGAAGAGAUGAGGAAACUAACAGCAGAGAUUAAGGACACUCUGGAUGAACACUUGUCCAUACAAAAAGAGGCCAAUCUACUGAACCCAGCUGAAACAAACGAAGGUACCAAAUCUCCCAGAUGGAAUACUUUUUCAUCUCAACAAGAACAUCUCAACAGUCUAAUGAGACUGGAGAAAGUCCAACAGCAGCAAAUUCAGGAUCUGCAAGACCUAAAGGAAGAUGUAAAGAGACUCCAGGGAUUAGUGCUACAGCUGAUUCAGUCAAAUCCUACAACAUCUGCCGACAUGCCAAGUUCAUCUUCAGCAGUGCUUCCAUAAGGUUGGAAUGAGCCAUGUUUUAGUGUUUUUGAAGAAGAAGCAAUCCAUUUGAAACAUAACAAUCAUAUGUUAACUAUAACAAACUCUCAGCUACAUGUGGGUAAUUUGUAUGCAUUCGGUAUGCUGGCCACAGUAUCUGUAAAGCCGGAUUCACUGGAUUUAAUUUGAGAUCAUAGAUAAGUGCUAAUGUGAAAGCUUUCACGUAAACCCAAGACUACCUGUAGGAGGUGGUGUGAGGUUAUUUGUGCUGGAAAUAUGCCACAAAUACUUUAAACAUAAGAUCUCCUGCCCAGGUCUGCACUUAAUAAAGUAAAGUAGCCUGUGCAUGUGUUUUAGCUGAUGACGAGAUCAUCAUUCGUUUCCACAAAACACAUGCAUCAUAAGAGAAGAUGAGAAGACACCGAAGAUGUGUGGUGCCCAGAUGUGCAUAAUAGCACCAAAAUAAUAAUAAUAAUAAUAAUAAUAAUAAUAAUAAUAAUAAUAAUAAUAAUAAUGAAUGGAUAGAUAGAUAGAUAGAUAGAUAGAUAGAUAGAUAGAUAGAUAGAUAGAUAGAUAGAUAGAUAGAUAGAUAGUUAGUUAGUUAGUUAGUUAGUUAGUUAGUUAGUUGUGUACGAUGAAUGCAAAUCAAUAAAAUCGAGUAAAACAAGACCAGUGCUGCUGGGACAAUCGCACUCUGAUUUGGACCUCAGCAAAUGUGUCCAGUCUGUAAACAAACUUAAUCAUAAUAUUCAACACACAUGUACCAGCUUAAACUAUGUAUUGGUUUUCAUCCUUGACCAACACAGUUUUACAGUAUGGUCAAUAAAUUAGUAUAUCAGACUUCUUGUAUGCAAUUUGUUUUAUACAAAUGAAUAUUGUAUUUUCUAAAAGAAAUAAAACAGAUCAAGAAAAAGUGCAAAAGAUGAAGCAGGAUGUGGGAAGUGGUGGAGACUAUGAUUGAGGCUAGUAAGUGUAAGCCAAAAACUCGAUGUGAGCUGAAAUUUGGUUUUGGUGAGGAAAUGGCACUCAGACUGUGACACAGCAUGAAACUAAAAUCUUGGCAAUGGUGCAACCUUCAAAUGCAUUUUAUGUCACAAAGAGUGCAGAGACAUCUGCCAUAUGCUCUCGAUCUAUCAAGCUGACACCGUUUAUGCAAUGAGGCCAAAUCCUCUUUUUUAUCCAAGAGUGUGGAAAUACAGUGAUUAGAUUGCUUGUGCUUUACAGACCUGUAUCUGUAAAUAUAUGUCAGUCUAUCUGUGUGUUACUUGUAAGCACCUCAAAUAAAUUGCUGUUUGUCAAGAGUUUGAAACUGUAUGUUUGCUUUAUAAUAUUUCACAUAAAUAUUUCUCAUCUGUUUUAAAUAUUUCUAAUAUGAAUCUUCAUUUUUUUGUAUUAUAUUAAUCUUUGUAUUAUUCUUUAUAUUAACCUUUUAUUUUAUGUUGAUGUUCUGUAAAGCUAUGUUGUUAAAAGUGCUAUAUAAAUAAAUUUGAAUUGAAUUGUUUAUUGACUUUUUUUCUAAUAUAUGGUAUUAUUAUGGUACUAUAUAUUAUUGGUUCUAAUCAUUACACCUACUGUCUGAACACAAGAUUCUUAGAUUUAUCUCUUUAAAAGACAGGUAUCGAUUAUUUUAAACACUUCUCGUUAAACGUCUGAACAACAAAUAAUCCAUUAAUGCUGUUGUUCUUUCCUUCUUCUGAAUAACUCUUACAUUUUUUUCACUUUCCUAGGAGAACAGGUAACACUUUGCUGCUGUGCUAACCCAUGCAUUGAUCACAUGUAUGUCUUCCUGGAGCUUGCUUUGUGUACAUGUGCAUUGUCAUACUGGAACAUGUUUAGGUCCAUUAGUCCCAGUGAAGGUAAACUAGACAUUUAAUACAACUAUGUACCAUGGUACUGUAGCAGGUCAUAUUUCUGUCACACUCAGGGGUCAAAGUUUUGUUUGGGUUACUGUUUGUGAGAUUCCAACCCCAUUCCCAAAACAUCACUGUAGAUGGAUUGAUGAUGCUAUAUUGCCAUUAGAUGGGAAUAAGUGAAUAUUAAAAAUUGCAAUUUGAUUUUCAACGGCAUUACAUUAUAGUAUUUCUCAUUUGUUGUGUAAAUAUACACACAAAGAUAAUGGCACCAAAAACCAUGCAAUCAUAGUAGGAAAAACCAGCACGAUCUACCUCACGAACAGUUAAAUGUUCCCCUAUUACGCAAUAACAAUGUGCAAUUAUCUUAGAUAUAUCCAUUCUAAUACAUCCCUGCAUCUUGUUCUAUUCUAUUCCAUUCCAUUCUAUUCCAUUCUCUCAUCUAUAGCACAACUGUUCA